CACGUAGUACCAACAGCUAACAUAUAAAUACCCCGCUCUUGUUUGUUCUCGACAGGCACAAGCAUAGACCGGCGCAUCGUGAACGUGACGAUUAUCAAGUGGGCACAAUGAAUAUUCUGAUUGUUUGCAUCGUGAUAGCCAACGUAGUAAUAUCCCAAGGUAAUGUGGAGGAAGAUGGAAGAUCCAAUAAUGAAAUUCAAGAACGAUCACUUCUAGUAUUUGACCAUAACGAGUGCAGAUACCUCGGCCACACAAUGGGAAACGGAGGAGUAAUAACUCUGCAAAAUCCCUGUGUCAAAUGGACUUGCCUGGCCAAUCAGACUCAGCUGCUAGUUCAAGGGUGCUGAGCCCGUGCCCUGUGGAGCUGCUUCUUGGGGUUCCAGGUUCAAGUUGCAGCCGGAGGUCUGCCACCUUAUGAAGUUCAUCUGGUUAUCUGACGUUCUUCUUGUUGAACGAGAAAGUGCAAAAAGC